AAAUCUGAUGCCAAGAGGUGGACCAUCUUGUAAAUGAGAGUGUUAGCUGAAGGAUUGAGUGAGUCAAGAUCUGUAAAACGCAUGUGUUCGCCAUGCUGGGGAUUGCAAGUCUCUGGCUUCUCUGGGCUUCUUCCAUCCUCGGAGCUCCCGUAAACAAACAGAGACAGAAGGUGCUGCUGAUCUCCUUUGAUGGAUUCCGGUGGGAUUACGACCGUGAUGUGGACACACCGAACCUCGACAAAAUGGCCAAGGAUGGAGUCAAAGCCCUGUAUGUCACACCUCCUUAUCUCACUAUCACCAGUCCUACACACUUCACCCUCUUGACAGGCCGCUACAUUGAGAAUCACGGCGUAAUCCACAACAUGUGGUUCAACACAACCACCACUGAGAAGAUGCCUUACUAUCAGACUCUGUUUGUAAAUGAGUGGUGGGACAAUGGCACUCUGCCUAUCUGGAUCACGGCGCAGAGACAGGGCCUUAAAGCUGGCUCUCUUCACUUUCCCGGCACAGCUUCCAGUUACCAGGGACAGGUUGCUAUGGUGCGAGAGUGGGAGCCACCAAUAUACAACUACAAGAACGAGACCGCUUGGCGAGCAAACACAGACAAGGUGAUGGGCUGGUUCAGAGACCAGGAUCUGGACUUCAUCUCCUUUUACUUUGGUGAGCCAGACGGCACAGGACACAGACAUGGUCCAGAUUCCCCGGAGCGCCGGGAGAUGGUCAAGCAAGUGGAUCGAACGGUGGGCUACAUUCGACACUCAGCUGAACAACAUGGGCUGAGCGACCGCCUGAACAUCAUCAUCACAGCAGACCACGGAAUGAGCACAAUAUACCGAAACGGUCUGGUGGAAGAGAUCACCCUAACCAAGAUCCCGGGCUUCUCGUUCGGGGACCUGUCCUUUCACCUGGUGGACUAUGGCCCUUCUGGGAUGCUGUUGCCAAAGCCAGGCAGACUGGAGAAGGUUUACAACGCCUUGAAGGGGGGCCAUCCACACCUCCAUGUGUUCAAGAAGGAGGAGAUGCCAGAGAGGUUCCACUUCGCCAAAAAUGAUCGUAUCCUCCCCAUCAUUUUAUUGGCCGACCCUGGAUAUGUAAUCAACGGGUAUUUUCCGGUCCAGUUCAACAAGGGUGAGCACGGCUUUGACAACGAAGACAUGGACAUGAAGCCCUUCUUCAGGGCAGUGGGUCCAGCAUUUCACAAGAACCUGGAGGUGGGGCCCUUCGAGACAGUGAACAUCUACCCCUUGAUGUGUCAUAUCCUGGGCAUCCAACCGGAGGUCAACGAUGGCCACUUGAAUGCCACCAAACACAUGCUAGUUACUAGCACUACUACUCAGGAUGAUGUUGUGAAUUUCCUGCCAAAUGUCUUUACCGGACUGGCUGCAGUCGCUGGAUUUCUUGUUGUAGUUUUUAUAGUGAUGACAUCCCACAAAAUACUCAAGAACAAACGCAAAAAUAAAAGAUCGGAAAAUUCAGAGCAUCUUCCAAAAAAAGAAAAGACAAUACAAACUUCACUUUGAUCGUCACACAAAAAAGCACUGGUGCUAUACUCUGACGUUAAGGAACAGCUGCCUGUGUGGGCAGUCUUCCUGAGGGACUCUUUUCAUCUCAUGUAAGGAAAGGCAGGAGGAACCCAGGAAAAGAGUUGUGCAUAACCAUUUCUGUAAAUAAUAAUUUUUGUUCAAAAACGGAGAAUAACAAUUGAAUUGUGGAAUUAAAAUCAAAUAAAAUCAUAUAAAAUCAUAUAACUUAUCAGCUAAAU